AUGGCUCUGUUUGCCUCUUCUAAAGAUCUCAAAUUACAUGAGAAUAGAGAGAAUGCGAAGCUUGCAUCUGUCAACUUUGUAGCAUCUUCACAAGUUUCUGAAGCAUUAGCUCAGUCUGGCCAUUUAGCUUUGUCAGCACCUUCUCAAAUCAUUGGGCAGUUUCAAUAUUUGAAGACGUUGACUCAUGAUAAUUUGUGUGAAUAUGUUGAGAUACAUCGAGGAAAGCAUGGUAACAACACGAACCAUUCUGAAUGCAUAAAAGAUGUUAAAACAAGAAUAGAUAGAUUAUUUGUUGUCUCAGAAUAUUACGACUACUCUCUUCAAAAGGCAAGAGGACUUGACUCAGAUAAUCCACCAACCGUGAAUGUGCCCAUAUUACGGCAAUGGGCGUAUGAAAUACUUUCUGCGCUUCAGUUCCUAAAAGAAAAUGGCAUAAUUCACGCUUCUUUAUCACCAAGUAACAUAUUAUUAGAUGCAAAGAAUCAUAUCAAACUUUUUGGUUAUGGUCUGUAUUAUAUGACAAACGCUGGGAAACAUGUUGAUUUUCCAAUCGGCUAUCCCCCUUACUUAGCACCUGAGUGCCUCCAGGAUGUGGAUGGAACAUAUUAUGAUAAGAGAGACGUAUGGGCGACUGGUAUAAUAUUAGCUGAGCAAUACACUAGGAAUCCAUUUUGGACAACGAGUGAUGUUGGGCUUAUAUUUGAUUCACUCAUAACGCUUAAAGAAUGGCAUGAUGCAGAUCCUGUCUGUAAUAUAUGGAAACAUGAAGAAAUCAAAUCUUUGGAUAUAAACAAAUCUGUAUUGAACUUCUUACAGAAUCCUUUGGAUGAUGAGGACGCAGAACAGUUUAGACAAUUUGUACUUGGCUGUCUUCAAGUUUCUGUAGCAGAACGACUUGACAUCACAGAUGCUCUUGCCAACUACUUUUUACGUGAAAGCACUUCGAGUAAAAAUAUCUGGGUUGAGGGGCCUAUAUUAGCAUCCGAUGCAGUAGAUCCAGACACAAUUGAUAUGAAUGACAAUAAACAGCAAGAAAAUAUACCAGAUAUGCUCAAAAAAUUACCCAUUUCUUAUAUAUACAAUCUGUGGAGAUUGGCAGGCGGGGAUGUUGAAUUAGACCUUGUUAAAAGAGGCAUUUUCUUGUCGACACCGGCCAUAAAGCGAUUACCAAGAGUGUGCAUGAUGCCUGAUGCUAUAGAAAUUGGAGAUAACGUAACGGAUACUGCACAAUUAUAUUCCGAUGCGGUCUUUGUACUUGGAUUCAACGAGCUUUAUCAAAGAUUAGAAGAAGGGCAAAGGACAGCGACUGACAAGUUUGAAUGGGAUACAGACUACUUUAUGCUGGUAGAUGAAAAUGAUGUCAACUUUCUUUUGGAUGAGUCUACUGGUGAUACAGUGAAUGAUAUCAGUGAAGACGAUAACGAAUAUAAAAAUGAUUUAAUGUUUAUAGAUGACAUAGCAGCUUCUUCUCCCAUUCCUACUACGUUAGAAACACCUAGAACAGCAAAUGGGCUGUCUACGCCAACUAAUGGAAUACCCACACCAACAACACCAUCUUCAUCACGUUCCUUAAGCCGAACGGUCUCUAUGGGUAGAUCACGCUCUGCGUCAUCCUUAUCAAUCAACAGUACAACCUCUACACCUAACCAACCAAGCGGUAGUAAUAGUGCUGCUCCAAAAUUACCAUUAUUCUUAAGGGAGCAAGAUGUAAAUUAUCAAUUGUAUCGUCUGUCCUUGUUUUCUGAGCUAUUACGGCAAUAUCCAGCAUCCAAACGAGAGAUUUUGCAUCAUGCUAAAGUGGACAUUCCGCCCCUUCUGCGAGGUAAAAUAUGGGCAGCUGUCUUGGGUGUUCAGGGCGACUUGGAACAUGCAUAUGACCAAGUAAACAAAUAUAUGAACAUGGGGGCUGACAGACAGAUCGAAGUUGACGUACCAAGAUGUCAUCAAUAUAACCAAAUGUUGGCAUCAUCUACUGGUCAUGAAAAACUCAGGAGGUUACUAAAAUCAUGGGUGGUAGCAAACCCAAGCUUAGUUUAUUGGCAAGGGCUUGACUCGCUGUGUGCCCCGUUUUUGACUUUAAACUUUAAUGAUGAAGCAAUUGCGUUUGCUUCUUUGCAAAAGUUUAUUCCUAAAUUUCUCGAUAAUUUUUUCUUAUCGGAUAACGCGCCAGUUCUUCAAGAAUAUUUGGCCGUAUUUAGACAUCUUUUAAGCUUCCAUGACCCCGAGCUAUCGAGUCAUUUAGAUGCUAUAGGAUUCAUGCCUGAUCUUUAUGCUAUUCCAUGGUUUCUUACCUUGUUUACACAUGUGUUUCCUCUUGAUAAGAUAUACCAUCUAUGGGAUAAAUUGCUUGUAGGCCCAUCAUCUCUUCCUUUGUUCGCAGGGAUUGCUAUAUUACGCCAAAUACGUGAUACUCUGCUGACAUAUGAAUUCAACGACUGCAUCGUGUUGUUUUCUGACAGCUUUCCAAAGGUAGAUAUUGAAAAAUGCGUACAAAGCGCAUUAAAUAUGUGCAAAGUUACACCACCAAGUAUAACAACAAGGGUUCAUGGACUCAAAGUCGAGCAUAAGAAAAACAAGAAAGAUGACAAGAAUGCUAAAAAGCAAUGGUGGGAAAAGUCUAUAUCCAUUGAAGAGAAAAAGCUUGAAUUGGCGCCUCGAUUAGCAGUGAGGGAUCUUGAUAAGAUUCUUCCAUACUCAUUAGUAUUAGAUAUCCGACCAGAAUCAGAAUUUGUGCAAGGUCAUAUACCUUCUUCUAUGAACGUACAAGCAGCACAGUUGAUGAGCUAUACGAAUGUAUUAAAAAAGCUCAACCGUAAAUAUCAUGUCGUUAUCGCAAAUGAAGCAGAGUCAAACGGACCUAAUUAUGCAGCAGAGCUCGUAAAAAAAGUAUUCCCCAGAGUGGUUCUUUUACAAGGAGGAAUGGAAGCGUAUAAAUCGACAGAUUCUAAGGAGCGUGUCUGUAGCUGUCGUCCUCAAAAGCAAACAACAGCAGGAUUCAAAGGCAAGGGAUCAGAGCCACCUUUUGUUAUGUGGCGCUGUAAGGUACCACCUCCAUUAAAGAAAAAGUAA